CCGGCGCUGCAGCGGGCGGAGCCGGGGCUCGGCGGGGCCGCCUCCCGGUCGAGCCCAGCCGUACCGUACCGUGCCGAACCGUACCGAACCGAACCGAGCCGGGCGCUGCCGGGCAGAGAGGAGCCCCGCCGCACCGGGCGGCACCGGGCGGCACCGGGCGGUACCGGGAGGCACCGGCGGUACCGGCGGUACCGGCCCCGGCGCUCUCCGCGGUGCUGAACGGCUCCGCCGCGCCCGCAGGACGCGCCGCCGGCGGGGCCCGGCCCGGCCCGGCCCGGAGCGGCUCGGCCCGGCCCCGAGCGGCCGCGGGGGAUGGAGCCCUUCCUCGGCUGCACCGGCGCCGCGCUCCUGCUCUGCUUCAGCUACGCCGGUCUGCGCCCGGUGGAGGCAGACAGCCCAUCGGCUCCAGUAAAUGUCACAGUCAAACACCUGAAAGCCAACUCGGCCGUGGUCACUUGGGAUGUGCUGGAAGACGAAGUUGUCAUUGGAUUUGCAAUUUCCCAACAGAAGAAGGACGUGCGGAUGCUGCGCUUCAUCCAGGAGGUGAACACCACCACCCGCUCCUGUGCCCUCUGGGACCUAGAGGAGGACACUGAGUACAUUGUGCAUGUCCAGUCCAUCAGCAUCCAAGGCCAGAGCCCUGCCAGUGAGCCAGUCCUCUUCAAGACCCCCAGGGAAGCUGAGAAACUAGCCUCUAAAAAUAAAGAUGAGGUGACAAUGAAGGAGAUGGCGAAGAAAAACCAACAGCUGCGAGCGGGAGAAAUUCUCAUCAUUGUUGUGGUGUUGUUUAUGUGGGCAGGGGUGAUCGCCCUGUUCUGCAGACAGUACGAUAUCAUCAAAGAUAACGAGCCCAACAACAGCAAGGAGAAAGCCAAGAGCGCCUCGGAGAACAGCACACCCGAGCAUCAGGGCGGGGGCCUCCUGCGGAGCAAGUUUCCAAAAAACAAGCCCUCAGUGAACAUCAUUGAAGCAUGAGAGCCUGACAGCUGAGAGAUGGACUCCAUCCCUCACUCCCACUCUGAGCCGUGAUGAUUGGGGAGGUCAAACAUUGGCGGGGUGAUUUGCAAAACAAGACCUCGUGAUUGUCACUCGCUGGCAUCCACCUCCUCAUCCGUGUUCUGCAAAGCAUCUGGCCAGGAAGGGAAAUCCUGCAAAAAAAAAAUACAAAACAAAACAAAACAAACCCAAACAAAGAGGAUGGAGAAGAAUCAGUGAUGCUGGAGUGAUCCGUGAAUCACCUGGCUUGGAGCAAUGUCUUCCACGCUCCUUUCUACCCUCACACUCCAUCUUCUGGGACAGUUUUCCUGUUUUUUUGGGAAUGCACAAGGUUUUGUUGUGUCUUUCUCUGGUCUCACUGUCACUCCAUGCCGGCAGUAUUCCCAGGCAUCAGGCACAUCCCUCUCCGAGCGGGAAGCUCAUGGCAAACACCACAGAGAAGCCAAAUUUUGGCUGCUGUGUGCUCGGGCCUUGCUUUGUUCAUUGAUGUGUGUCGUGUAACACGUCUUGCAGGUGGGUUUUUCAAACAAACAAACAAACAAAACAAAAAAAGGCAUCCCCCAGUUUCCAUUCCCACCAGGAGAACUUCCCCAGCUGUUCUCCAGCCAGGCUGCAGCACGUUCUCCACUGCUGCUGUCUCUCCUCUCUCACACUGGUGCUCUUCACCUCAGAAAAAUCGGGGAACACUGAGGCACAGCCCAACAUGAGGGGACACCAGAAGCUGUUAUUUAGCUUCCAGGAUAAUUUCAACCAUUUUCUGCGUGGUAUUUUCAGCUGGGCCUGAGUCCACCAUCAAUGGCAUAAAAGGUCCAUAAAAAUGUAGCCAGUCAGCAAAAAAAAAACAAAGAAAAAGACAAAAUACCUGAUGAUACCGGUUGCUAUGCAAGGUCUCCAGGGGCAAGAGCUGUUUAUUGUGGAAGGCUCUGGCCUGAGGGGCAUUUUUUUGAGGGCUUAAGUUCUUAAAAAGCUUCUUUUAGUAAAGUUUCUGUGUGGGAAGGGCUGGUUUUCCUUACACAUCCUUGCCUGUGCUGUUCUCCUGAGGUUGGAACGGCAGGAGUCUGCUGGAGACAGCCCUUCCCAAAAAGGAUGAGGAUGGAUGGGAAAGGGGCUGGGCUUCUCUCUCUUAGGAAAUGCUGGAUGUUUGGAAGUUGACAGGAUCCCUGGGGAUUGCUGGUGCUCUGGAUAGCUGGGAGAUGCAGGACCAUGACAUGAAAAAGAUUUAUUCUUUGUAGUGUGCCAUGGGGUAUCUGUAUUUAUUUAAUUCCUCCACAAGACCACUCCAUAUGCACUUAGGGGAUGAGGCAGGAUCCGAAUUGUUCCGUCACACUCCAAGAGAGGCUGGUCUGAGGAAGGUUUGGAGCUUGUCACAACAAACCUGCACUCAGAGGAGCCUGGGUUGGGAGUCUCUGCAAAGAACCAGGCUGGCAGUGAGGAGCUGCCAUCUCUCCAAUUCCCCUGUCACCAGCUUUUCCCAAAGAGCUGGUUUGGGAGAAAAGCACUGGGAAUUUCUCCUGCAGAAGCGCUGGUUCCAGCCAGGCCAACCCCAAAGGUGUCUCCAGGAUCCUUUGCCUGAACAUACUUUUCCAUCACCAAGAAGGAGAGGUCACCACCUCUGAUACAGACAGAGCAAUAAACAUUUUAUAAUGUACAAUAAAAGAUUAAAGGCAUCUCUUGUGUCCUUGUAAUGCCUGAAUUUAAU